UGUUUUGCAAAAUUUUGUUACUGAUAUCUGUAUCAUUCUUGUGGAAAGACGUCAUACACGUUGUGGUAUGCGAUUUCGCGUUUUUACUAUUUCGCCAACAAAACAAAAUACUCAGAAAUAGACGUUUUGUUUUUGUGUGAUCAUAUUGAAGCAUAUAGACUGGAUUACAGUGUAUUGAGUGACAAUGGAUUAGUGAUAAACAAAACUUGUAUAAGUGAGCAGCAAAGUAUUUAAAAUACCAAAUGAGAUUAAGGAGCGUGUAACGUGAAAGAAUUACAUAUGUUGAAUCACCUUCUAAUUAUGGGAAGUGCAAAGGGACAACACGAAAAACAAAACAUACCAAUGGCUGAUACGGAUAAGAAAUCAAUUAUAAAUAUCCUUAAGAAACCAUUCCAGGUUCUAUUCCAAAAGGAAAAGAAGAAAGAAAAGAAACAAGAGGUAAAAGAAAAGAAGCAAGAUGCAAAAGAAAAUAACCCAAUAAAAGUAACACCAGUAUCCGAAUUAUUGGAUAAUUUCCAGAAACUAGAAAUAAAAGAAGAAGAUGAGUUUGCAAACUUCUCUUAUAAAGUUAUAAAAGAAGAAGAAAGAACUCCAGUGCGUGCAGAUUCUCAUUCGUCAGAAGAUAGCGGUUAUUCAGAGAAAGCACAUGAUGAGAAAGAAGAAGAAUUGAUUGAAACAUUGAAAGAUUUGAAAGUAACAAAAGACGAUGAUGAGAAGAAACAGAAGAAGUUGCAGACUGUGUACAUUGUUAGAGCACCGACGAAAAGUAAAGUUUAUGAUAGUAGAAAUUCAAUCCAUCCAUAUAGCAAGAAACAGGAAACAUUGGACAGCAAAUACAGACAGAUUAAUCAAAUCAAUAAGCAAACGUUAUCAGGUGGUCAUGUUAUAACGAAAUGUACGUUAACAGAAUACCAACCAGACAUCACAACUGUAUUAGAGCAAAUAGACAAAGACGUACAGAAUUUUCAACAAAACUCAGAACAGGAUAGAGAAAGAGAUUGGCUAGUUGCUAUGGAAUUUCUGGCAAAAACUGAAAAGACAAGUAUACUACAAGGUUUCCCCGAAGAUGAAAUAACACAAGAAUUCAACGUAAUGGAUUUCUAUCAAACGAAAGAACCAGAACCUAAUCCGAUUGAGGAAUUCACAACAGCGAAUCAUGCAGCUUACGAAGAGUUUAACGAUCUAGAAUUGGCAUCUAUAAGUGAUUAUGUAGAUAAUACUAGAAGUGAAAAAUCUAUAUUCCCAACUCCGCCUCGUUCUGAAUCAAUGACAAGUCCUGUGUCAGAUUCAUAUAAUACAUUAUCACCGGCAAUUUCAUCACCUUUAUACAAUAGUGAUAAUGAAAAAUAUCAAGAUAUACAGGAUGUGAUUGAAUACCCUAAAUGUGUGACUGGUCAUGAUUUUGAUAGAAAGAAAGAUAGAAUGUCAACAUCAUCGAUGACUAUGAAGCAGUACAAAGAUUUACAGAAGGAUAUAACUACGGAGUUUUCGAAGAAGAUUUGCUGUUCAAGUAAUAGGAAGACUUGCAGGCAGAUAUUUUUGGAACAUAUGGAGAAAUUGAAGAAGGAAGAUAGGAAAGAUUUGUGCGUGAAAGUGGCGAAUUUGGAUUUGAAGACGGCGUAUGGGGUACUCCAUCAUAUCCUGCUGAGUCUCUCCUCUGGUGACAAAGAAGAAGACCUCCAGAUGUCCCUUUUCAGUCUCACUUGUGAAAGAGUUAUGGCGCAGAAGUCUGACCUGUUCCUCAGUGAUUUUGGUCUAAGCCUCAUCAAGUCGUCAGCUUUACGUUGCUACAAGCGUCCCAUAUUGACCAGAUAUCUGGUACAAUGUGUACGUACCGCACUCAAAUAUAACUCACCUCCACCUGGUACUGAAUACUUAUUCCACGAGGUGGAUGCAUUAGGUGAUAAUUUACUUAUAGCUUGUGUUAGAGCUGGUGAUGUUUGUGCUGAUGUACUUUAUGAGUUGGUGAUGAAAGAGAAAGAUGAAUUACCUCUGUUCGAUGUUCACCAUAUUAAUACUGAUGGUUACACAGCUUUACAUGUUGCUUGCAGUCUUCACAGCACAGAAUCAUCUAAAUUAAAUAUAACUCAUGUGCUCUUACAACAUGGCGAGGCUAAUUUAUGGAAAGGGGACGUGAAAGGUGGUGAAACAGCCGUCCACUUAGCCGUUAACUCGCCGACGUGUGAUUUGAGACUCGUCAUGAUAAUAUUCCGACAAAUCGACAGAAAAAUGUGGAAGAAGCUUGCCCAUUCUGCUAUAAAAUCUACAACCAGACAGAAUUACCCUCACGAAGUAUUGGAGUUUUUGAAGAAAUGCCGUUGAAAUAUAUUCUUUAUAUCUAUUAGUAAUAAAGACUAAUUUACUUUGAAAUCUGACAGCAAUUUUAUUGAUAGAUGCUGUCUCUGUUUUUUAUAAGGAGAAUGAAAAGGAUAGCAUGUGUUAUAAGUUCUUUGGUAGUCGAGUCACACUAAAAUUAAAACUUUGAUAAAUUAUAUUACCUUACUAUAGUGUGUCUAUUUAAGAUAGAUUAGUUUGUCAACUGACGCCUAUAAAAUAUCUAAUUAAUUUUGUAUGAGGAUUAAUGUUGUACUUAAUGGACGGUUGUCAUAAUGUCGAAUUGUCGCGCACAACGAAUCGCUCUUGUAAUGUUAACUCAAAAAAUGGGUACUAUAAUUUAGGCAUUUUAUAACUUUUUGAACUUAUUGCAGUUAUUUGGCUAUGUAUCGCACUAUUAA